AUGACUGACGCAGCAAGGCUGCUUUUCCUCAACGCGCACAACGAUGCUCGUCUAAGUGUUGCCCAAGGACUGGAACCGAACAAAUGUGGAUUCCUUGGUCCUGCCAAGAAUAUGUACAAGCUGGAAUGGGACUGUGAUCUUGAAAAGCAAGCACAAAAUGCUAUUCUCCUCUGUCCAUCCACUAUGGGAAUAUUUGCUUCAUAUUCACAAAACCUAAUGAAGUUUACUGGGACAUUCUCAGAUCCUUUGACCGCCGUUGCAGCCGCUGUCAACAAAUGGUGGAGUGCAGUUCGUCAGUACGGUAACACAGAUCCAGACAACAAAUACGUUGACACCAACCUUUAUUCAUUCGCAAAUAUGGUACAUGGAAAAACGACAGCUAUCGGCUGCGCCUACAAAGUCUGCUCAGCUACAAACUCGCUGACCGUCACAUGCCUGUACAAUAAAAUCGGAUACUACACAAAUGGCGUAAUGUUUGAAAACGGGACACCCUGCUCAUCAGCGGCAGAUUGCACCACCUAUCCUGGAUCUUCGUGCUCCGGAGGACUUUGUGUAAACGUUCCUGAGCCAGCCGAUACCGGUGCGAACACUAUGUGCCCAUCUAAUGCGAAUAUGACCGAUGCAAGCCGAAAGAAAUUUGUGGAUAUUCACAACUAUCUGAGGUCUCGUCUUGCUAAUGGACUAGAGCCUGAUGCAUUGGGAGGAAAUGCACCGAAGGCCUCAAAAAUGCUCAAAAUGGUAUACGAUUGUGAUGUGGAAGCUUCAGCGAUCAAGCACAGCCAAAAAUGCAUUUACGAACAUUCGGCAUCGUCUGACAGACCAGGAUUAGGCGAAAAUCUCUAUAUGACAAGUGCUUUGAAUGUUGACAGAGUGACAACGGCAGCUGAGUCCUCUCAACUUUGGUGGGACGAAUUGAAAGAUUAUGGUGUAGGGCCAGAAAAUAAUCUUACUCAAGCGUUGUGGAACAGGCCUGGAAUGCAGAUUGGACACUAUACUCAGAUGGCCUGGGAUCGAACUUACAAACUUGGCUGUUCGAUUCAGCACUGUCCAAAAUUUACUUACUCUGUGUGCCAAUACGGACCAGCUGGAAACUACAUGAACCAAUUGAUCUACACAAUGGGAGAACCUUGUACAAGUGAUGCCGAAUGUCCAGGAUCAUACACUUGCAGUGCGGCCGAAGGUCUUUGCAAUGUCAUCUGA